UUGUCACAAGAAUCUGGUCAUGUUAAAAUGACAUGCAGCAAAUGUAAAGUGACUCGUGUAUAGAUAUUUGACUCUCUCUGGAGUUAAGAACUUUAGCCAAGGGUUGAAAGACUGGUCUUACAAUUAGUUGUUUGUCAGUCUUCGUGCGUUACACAAGUUCACAUCGUUGAAGAAGAAUACAGUCCACACUAGCAGGAAAUAAUUUUCUGAAAAUUAAUUCAACAUGACUUCUUAUGCACUUUUAAGCGUGUCUGAUAAAUCGGGGCUGAUUGAACUUGCUCAACGCCUGAGUAAAGUGGGUCUGAGUCUGGUGGCGUCAGGGGGGACGGCCAAAUCGCUGCGAGAUGCUGGACUUCCAGUCAAAGAUGUUUCCGACAUUACUGGCGCUCCGGAAAUGUUGGGAGGUCGUGUGAAGACGUUGCAUCCUGCAGUACAUGCAGGAAUCCUUGCCCGAGAGUUGGAAAGUGACCAGCAAGACAUGGCCAAGCAAGGAUACAACAUGAUGAAAGUGGUUGUGUGCAACUUAUACCCAUUCGUCAAAACUGUGUCCACGGAGGGUGUGUCCAUCCCAGAAGCAGUGGAAAACAUUGAUAUCGGUGGUGUGACAUUGUUACGAGCAGCGGCCAAGAAUCACGCUCGCGUUACGGUUCUUUGUGACCCCAAUGACUACGCUCAAGUUGCGCAAGAACUCGAGUCUGGAUCCAACACGACGGAUGCUACCAGGCAACGGCUUGCUCUGAAAGCAUUUACCCACACCGCUGAAUAUGACACCGCCAUAUCGGACUACUUCCGGAAGCAGUAUUCUGGAGGCGUUUCUCAACUAACGCUUCGCUAUGGGAUGAACCCUCAUCAAAAGCCGGCCCAAAUUUACACCACGUUGGACCAACUUCCUCUCAAAGUCGUAAAUGGUUCUCCUGGGUUUAUCAAUCUGUGCGACGCCCUCAACGGGUGGCAAUUGGUCAAGGAGCUCAAGACAUCUUUGGGCCUCCCAGCCGCCACCUCCUUUAAACAUGUUAGCCCUGCAGGUGCGGCAGUUGGGGUGCCAUUGUCUGAUGAUGAGAAAAAAGUGUGCAUGGUUGAAGAUCUUGGGACGCUUAGCCCACUCGCCACUGCCUACGCCCGAGCUCGUGGAGCAGAUAGAAUGUCAUCAUUUGGAGACUUUGUCGCAAUCAGCGAUCCUUGCGAUGCUCAAACUGCCAAGAUCAUUUCGCGUGAGGUUUCAGAUGGAAUUAUAGCACCUGGUUAUUUGCCUGAAGCUUUGGAGAUUUUGAAGAAAAAGAAAGGUGGUGGCUACUGUAUUUUGCAGAUUGAUCCAAACUACGUCCCAAGAGAUUUAGAGACCAAGACAUUGUUCGGGAUGUCGAUGGAACAGAAGCGCAAUGAUGCCGUGAUUGAUAAAUCUGUCUUUGCCAACCUGGUCUCGAACCGAAAGAAUCUCAGUGAGGACGCCAUUCGAGACCUCAUCGUGGCCACAAUUUCGCUCAAGUACACGCAAUCCAACUCGGUCUGUUAUGCCAAGAAUGGCCAAAUUAUUGGAAUUGGAGCCGGACAACAAUCCCGCAUUCAUUGUACGCGAUUAGCUGGAGACAAGGCGAAUUUGUGGUGGCUGCGACAUCACCCACGAGUCUUGACCAUGGCGUUCAAGAAGGGUGUAAAACGUGCCGAGAUUGCUAACUGCAUUGACAACUAUGUGGGUGGAACGGUGGGAAAAGACAUGGAAACGUCCACCUGGGCAGCCAACUAUGAAAAUGCUCCCACUUUCUUCAGCGAGAAGGAGAGGGAGGACUGGGUCAAGCAAUUGAAGGGCGUGUCUCUCAGCUCCGACGCGUUCUUCCCAUUCAGAGACAAUGUUGACAGAGCAUUCCAGAGUGGCGUGGAAUACAUCGCUGGUCCCUCUGGAUCAAAUAAUGAUCAAGUUGUCGUCGACGCUUGUGACGAGCACAAUAUUGCUCUGGCCCACACCAACCUCCGACUUUUCCACCAUUGAUUCAAAAAUAAUUCCAAAUUUGAACCUAUUGUUCUAUUUUCUUUCCGUAGUAUUGGCAUAAUUCUAAUUUAUUCAUAUUUUUGUCGGAAGUAAAUAUGUAAGGGCUUCCAAAAAUGGUUGACAUUUUAUUGGAAAAAAAUUAUUAUGAAAAAUGAACUCAUUUUUUUGUACACUAGAAGAUUAAUUGUCCAAAACUAAAGCGUUCAUAAGAAAAUCUGUAUUCUCGACAACAUUCGAAAUCUUUAUCAUUUACAAUUUUACUUUCAUGUCAGUAAUCACAUGCAGAAAAUCAUAAUAAAACUAUUUUAAAUUCAUCUGCACACAAUAA